GCGACGAGAGUACAACAGUGUAGAGUUGUGUUGUCGGAGAAGGAGGAGGAAGGCAAAGUGGAGAGGAAGGAGAGCAAGAUUAAAAAUAAAUACUGAAGUGGGAGGAAUAUAAUUUCAACAUGGCAUCGGGUGAUACCCUGUACAUAGAAGCGGAUGGGUCGGAGAUGCCAGCCGAAAUAGUGGAACUUCACGAAAUUGAAGUAGAGACAAUCGAGACAACAGUUGUUGGAGACGACGAUGAACAUCAGCCUAUGAUCGCCUUACAGCCUCUUGACACAGACGAUCCUCACUCGAUUCACCAUCACCAGGAGGUCAUUUUGGUGCAGACCAGGGAAGAAGUGGUGGGUGAGGAUGACUCAGAACUGCAUACAGACGAUGGUUUCGAGGACCAAAUCCUCAUCCCCGUCCCCGCCGUGGAGGAGGACUAUAUCGAACAGACUCUGGUUACUGUGGCCGGGAAAAGCUCGUCGGCAGGGCGCAUGAAGAAAGGUGGAAGCGGCAAGAAAGCGGGCAAAAAGAGCUACUUGGCCGGCACGGAGAUGGGACGAAAAUGGGAGCAGAAGCAGGUCCAGAUAAAGACUUUGGAAGGGGAGUUUUCAGUUACGAUGUGGGCAUCGGAUGACAAGAAGGACAUCGACCAUGAGGAGCAGAUCAUUGGGGAGAACUCCCCUCCAGAUUACUCUGAGUACAUGACAGGGAAGAAGCUUCCUCCAGGAGGCAUCCCGGGCAUCGACCUGUCAGACCCCAAACAGCUAGCAGAGUUUGCACGAAUGAAGCCAAGGAAGGUAAAAGAGGAUGACGCUCCCAGGACGAUAGCCUGUCCACACAAAGGAUGCACUAAGAUGUUCAGGGACAACUCGGCAAUGAGGAAGCACUUGCAUACCCAUGGGCCUCGGGUGCAUGUCUGUGCAGAGUGCGGCAAAGCCUUUGUGGAGAGCUCAAAGCUUAAGAGGCAUCAACUCGUACACACAGGAGAGAAACCUUUCCAAUGUACAUUUGAGGGCUGUGGCAAGCGGUUCUCUCUGGACUUUAACCUGCGCACACAUGUGCGUAUUCACACUGGAGACCGCCCCUAUGUUUGCCCAUUUGACGGCUGCAACAAGAAGUUUGCCCAGUCAACCAACCUCAAGUCUCACAUCCUCACACACGCCAAAGCUAAAAACAACCAGUGAAUCAACUAGCCUACCGACGUGAGCUUACAUUGGAGGAUUCAACCUGUAUCUCUUCUCCCUCACAGACAAAAGGUAUCUUGUGGCCUGCUCUGCUGUGAGAUAUGAAACCCCACUGUAUUGUCUCUAGAUAAAAGGUUUGAAGAAACAACCUUUUCAAAACGUUUUGAUAGGCGUAUGGAGGUGAGAACAAUGAACUCUUGAGGACCCCUACACCCUCAGACUUCCUACCCUACCUUGGCAUUACCUGGAAGGAAAAGCUUAGUUUCUUCUUGUGAAGAUGUUAAUUCAUGGAUCUGUACCCAAAAAGUUAUUUAUACCUUAACACAGCCAUUUAAAAAAGAAUUUUACAAUUUGUCUAAUUUGCGUAGAUCCUCAGCAAUGAAACACCUUUUCAAUUUUGUACUUUCCCCAAGUGUGCAUAUUGUACACUUUUUGGCAUAAGGUUUGUGGUAUUGUAUGUAAUGUUUUCCCUGUAGCUCCUCUUGGAGGAGAUUUCACAAUAUGUUGUACUUCCCCUUCUUCCCUGCGUAUGUCUUGGGGGUGGAUCGGGGUGUUCUUUACAGAUUUUCAUUUUGUAUAAUGCAGCGUUAAAAUAUAUCACAAUCGUGUAGAUAAUAGCCAUGUGAUUUCAAUAGUGAUCAAUGAUUAAAACGUUUUUUCCCUGCACUAUCAAA